AUGGCGUUCACCGCUGCCCACUUUCUGCGGAUGACACCGGUGGUGUUUUCCUGGGUGGCCCUGCUGCUCGCAGUGCUGGUCCUCUGCGCGGGCAACAAACCCGGCUUUAUGGGGGGAUACAACCUCAUCUCCGUUGACAUCCUUUCCUCGAAUAGCCCAAGUUCCAAACAAGUCCUCGACACCCGUUCGCCUUCUCCCAGUAAUGAUUGUGGUGGACCGCUCAGCUGGCUGUGCGAUCAAAUGAACUCGGCAGCUUCAAGUGCGUUCCAGAUGACUCCAACCCCUCCUCCGGUUCCCGCUCCAGCGCCCACUCCGACAGCUGGAAGCCAGGACACCCCAACCGAAAGCAGCACUCCGUAUGUGGCCAACUUUAGCGGCAGGUUCUACUCCUUCUACACAAUGACCCUGUGCGAGGGCAUGAUUACACUGGACGGUGACCACAACAUGGACCAGUGUCACCCCUACUUCACCGGUGACCCGGCAACAAUCCCCUAUCUUCUCAGCGUUGCGAAUCUUUCCCCGCACGAUCAGGCCCCCUUGAAGUCUCGCUCGUCCUGCUCGGAUGCCGACCCCGACCCAACAGACAUAACACCCCCGUACGCAAUUCUCUCGGCCCUGGAACAACUCACGACGCUUGCCCAGGCCAUCACCAUCCUCUGGUCCGUCGGUCUCGGUUUCACAGGCCUCGCUGUAUUCGCCUCCAUCCCUGCCGUAUUCAUCAGCCACGAUGACGGAGACGAUGGCAUCCCGGCGACUUACCAGUGGGCGGUUUACACCAACAACUUUUGCUCCAUGUGCGCCUUUGGGUUCCUGAUGCUGGGCGCUUUGGUCGGUGCGAUCGGGGCUAAAGUCAAAGAGGGAACGAUCAGGGGUCUGGCCGGGAUGUACAGAGAUGCGGACGCUGGUGGACAGGCCCCAGUGGAGAACAGUGGGAUGGAGGUUCUGAAGAAAGGGAGCGGGUUUCGGGGCAUCGACGCUGUGGCUGGGACAUCGUGGGUUGGGAUGUCGUGGGGCACAGUGGCGUUGAUGCUCGUGGUGGUCGUGUACUGGGUGGUGCGGCUGGUUAAGCUCAGGAGGGCGAAGAAGGAGAAACGGGACGCUGAGGACAGCAGCAGCGUCGAAGAGGUGCCUCGCCCGGGAUUUCCGGGCUAUCCCAACUUUGCUAGGCCGCAGGGACCUCCGCCUCCGAAAGCCCCGCCUCAGGCACCUCCGGCCCGUGGGCCUCCCGGUGCCGGGUUUUCCAUGCCGAACAUGCCUAACAUACCUGGGGCACCGUGGUUUUUCAAGACGGCAAUGAAUCAGAUGGGGAGGGGGGGGCCUCAGCAAUAG